CCUGCAAUACAUACAUGUGGUUCCGUUCUCGCCCGCUGCAUGUAGUUACUGCGGUGGGGGCCGGCCAGUGCUGUCCUGCGUAUUUACCACUAAUCCACUCUCCUUCGACACCGCCCGACGACGCAUCAGAGCUUUCAUGCCGUCGCUCUUGUCUCUGUUCCGCCGCCGUCCGGCCGCGUCUCGGCUUCGUUUCGUGAGAGGGAGGCAAACGUCGGGGGAUUGUUCUCGACUUGUGAUCCAGGCUUCUGGCCUCCCUCCCUUUGCUUCCUCUGCUCCAAUGCUACUUUGUUCUUUUCUCUUUCCCGUCCGUCUCUGCCCCGCCGUGUCAAGAAAAUCUCCAGAUCCUUUUUAAGCAUGGUGUUUUCAGAGGUUCAACUGAACCCAUCUUCUUUUUUUCUGUCCCUCCUCUUUUGGCCGUAGCAGUACUAGCUUGUGCGGAGGGUGCAAAGUAAAGUGCCUGGUUUUUAUCAGGACAACACUCUUCCACACCAACGAAAUCCACAAAGCGCGGCGUCUGUCUGCGGAUAAAUGGAUACUGCCAUUAGCAUUAGCGUCGGUGGUUAGGAGCUCUUUUGUUUUCUCCGAUCUGCUCCAAAGGCAGCAGGAAGUAAUCAGCUCUGUUCCCGAAGGCAUCUCCUCACGCAUGGCUAGGCCUUGACGAGAUACACCCUGCAGAUCAUGAAGAUAGAUAAUGAAAGGCCUUACCAUACCAAUUCUUUUCAUGAGCUUGUACCCAGUGGCGGCCCUAAAGUAGACGGUGAACCUGAAAGGGAAACUAAGGACAAUCUUUUGGAAGAUAAAAUGGUUGAACAGACCAAUCCAUCAGAGCAUGGUUUUGUGAAAGCUGAGCAUGAGAAGGGAGGUAAAACCAGACAAAUACAGAUUGAGGAUGUUUCUUAUGACAAGGAUGUUGUUGAGAUCAACCUGCCAAGUUCUGUGGUUUCUUCUGAUUAUGGCGGCCAUUUUGUCAAGGAUGUCUGCAUUGACGAGGGAGUGCUUGCUGAUCAGAAGGCUUCGGCAGAGAAGGUAGUAAGUGAAAAGGUAUGCCCAAUCUUUGAUUCUUCAAUGGCCGAUGCAAAUGGUGAUCUGAAGGAAGACGUAAGACUUGAUCCUGUGAAAACUGCAAAUAAGUCACAGAUAGUUCCCCUUCAUGUCGUGCAUGCUACUGAUGGUAAUACUAUGGAAGAAACAAGAGCUGAUCCUUCGAAAACUGAACAUGAAUCAGAGUUACAAAUUGUUACCCUACAUGUUCCAUGUUCUAUUGAUGGUAAUAAGAUGGAACAAUAUUCUUGUGGCGAAGCACGUGAUGUUGAAAGCAACAAGACUAUAGAUGAAUUUACCAAUGUAAACGAUGAGAAAUCAAGUCCUAGACAGUUAUCAAGUCAUGAAGCUGCAAAACAGUGCCAGCAGGUGGGCACAGUAAUUUCUGAGACCUAUGAAACUCACAAGCCACUUUGCGAUGGAGAAGCAAUUGAUGAGGUUACACCAAUCGUUUGCCAUGAAACUGGAUCGAGUACUGCACCAGAGUCCAGUUACCUCAGUGGUUUACCAGUUGAAUCAACUUCUGAUGGGCUCUCAGCUGUAAUUCCUGAAGAAGAUGUUGGUGCAGAAUUAGAUAACAGAGGAUUGAAUCCAGCUACUCACUAUAACCCCUUUAUCGCCUAUGGGUCGUUAGAGGACACAUGGGAAUCCAAGUAUGCUCUACCUACCAUUGUCGACGAGGUUUCUGUUGUACCCAUCUGCCCUGUUGGAAAGACAGAUAGUUUCAGUGAUCUUGUCAACGGUGGUGCACUGGGAGGAUUUGAUUAUGUUGAAACAGCUGAAUCCAGAAUUGGAGACAGCAGUAAGUUAGAUUCUGUUGGAGGACGUUCAAGCAGGCUGGGGGUCCAAGCAUCUGAAGAGAGCCAUGAUCAAGGAGGUCUUGUCGAAAGAACAGAUAGUUUUAGUGACAUCGUCAACGGCGCACCAGGUAGAUUUGAUUCUGUUGCAGCAGAUGAAACCAGAAUCAAACACAAUAGACUAGAUUCCAUAGAAGAAAGUUCAGGUAGGUUGGAUGUCCAAGCAUCUGAAGAGAACAAUGAUCAGAGAGGUACUGUCAGCGCAGAGCCUAGUGAUGUCAAGACUGAGGGCCAUCCAAAAAGCGAGACCGGUGCUGUCGAAGAUGAACAUGACUUCAACCCAAGAGACGUGGGGGAUGGCACAAAGACAAGGGAGGAAAGCAGCGGCGGCGAUGAGAGCUCUACGGUUUCGCAAACGGAGUCGGCGGUUCAGCAGAAUGAACCUGAUGGUGCAAAGCUGACGACUCGGGGUGGCAUUCGCAACCCCUUUGAGUCGAGCUUCUCUGGAGCAAACAUCACGCUGGACGCGGUAGCGCCCUCUGCGCACAUCGGCAACACUUCUCUUCGCUCGGAUAGCAGCACGACAAGUACUCGGUCCUUCGCAUUCCCAGUGCUACAGACUGAGUGGAACAGCAGUCCGGUGAGGAUGGCGAAGGCGGACCGUAGGCGUUUCAGGCGAGACCGGGGCUGGGGUUUCAGGGUCCUCUGCUGUAAAUUCUGAGAGCAUUUUUUUCCUGUUUGAUUGAUGAGUCUAGCUCAUGGCCGGCGGCCUCGCGCCUGAGCUAGUGUUAGCCAGCCAAUGUUAAAUUCAUUCAAAUGUUGAUCGUUUCUCCCCCCUUCCUUGCUCUUCUCCCCCCAUAUGCCCUGCUCUUUUAUUUUAUUUACAAAUAGCAGGUGGUUGAUGGCUUGUCGGGUUCGCUAGUGGCUUGUAAUUUGGAGAGAUUGUGCGUGAGAAAUGAACAGGUAUAGCAGCUUUCUUUCA